GAAAAGACAACCAUGCACAUAUGCAUCAUGCAUUUGGAUCUGCAUGCAUCAUUCAGAACACAUCAUUUGAUUUGCUUUCCAGCAUUAAGCCUCAGUUGGACUACAGAUAUGCAUCAGUGGAAACUUUCUUACCUUCCAGAAAUGAUUGGCAUCUACUAAGAGAAGACUAUAGUGUCCACAUUUUAAAAGUGGCUUCUAAACACAUACCAUUCUUCAAGGAAUUUUGUAAGCCAUUUGAAAACUUUUUUCACGGAACCUUGACUGAGGAAUUGAAAACAAAAAACAAGGUGAUUCCAUUACCUGUUCUUCACUAUAAUGAACAAAAAUAUGAUGAGGUUGUAAAAAUUUUAGAUUUCUAUGAGUCAUUUUUAAGAGAGAGCUUUGGUAAAGCUAACAUAGACUAUAAUGACACAGUUAAAGUUUUGAUAGGAGGUGACCAGUUAACAAGAGAAAGAUUUUCUGGGAGCAAGUGCUUAAGAGCUGGUGGCAUAACAGCAGAUGAACGUUUUGAUCACUUGUCUCCAAUUACCUUUGAACUAUUUCAUCUCUGCAUGAACUAUGUCAAGUUGAUAAUGAAACAACUUUUCAAAGAUCAAAGUGUAAAUGAAAUGGGCACUAUGAAAUGUGAGGCAAAUCGUCUAUUAAGAACCACUGUAAAUGUCAAUGUAAAUGAACACUAUGAUGCCGACAAAGACUUCAUAAUAUCCUUCACAGAUGCAUACAUAACAGAAGCUGUUAUGACUUUUUUUGAAAUGGAAAACCCUACUUCUGCCCCAACAAUAAAUAGACAUGAACCACCUAGUCAGUUUACAAAUGAUAGUGAGAAGAAGGAAUGGAUAUUAUCAAUAUUUGGUGAUCUAGUUGACAAAAUGGUAUGGUGCAAUGAAGGUGAUACUUCCAGGUCUAACUCUGAGGAAGAAGUUCAUGAAGAUGGAGAAGUUUUACGUCUGAAAUUGGCCAAUGGUAACUUCAAAUCCUUUGUUAUAAAGAAGAAGAAAACACCACCAAAGGAGGACAAAGUCCAAUCCUAUGGACAUCUAGUUCUUGAACUAGGAGUUCAUUUUAAAGCGCUGUUAAGCCUUUGUAAAACACCAGACAGAGAACGUGGUUUGCGUCUAUUAAAAGUGACCAUGCUGCAUUUUAAAGCCAACAAUUGGAUGUCAAAAUAUGCAUAUGAAAUAAUGAGGUUGCUCGUACACCAGUAUUGUAUUUUGUCAGAACAAGAAGCAUCAGAGGAAUUUUAUGCACUCUUUGUAAAUACAAAAGGGAAAACAGACAGUCACAUACCUUGUGACCUUCAAAUGGAAUAUAUUGUCAAAUGUGUAAAAAAACAUUUAAAACACAUGUUUUCCAACAAAACAGAUGAUUUCAUAUCCAAAAGGACAAGUGCAAUUUCAGCAAUAUCUGAUAUUUCCGAACAGUUUGAUAGGGUUUCCAAUGUUGUUAUCAGGAGUAAAAGGCAUUCUGACUUGAGCUCAAUUCAUGAUGAAUUAGACAUGAUCAGCGAUCUUCGACAGUUACGACCUUUUGAAACUGACCCAGGACGCCAACAUGACACUUUCCCAGGUAUUUCAAGAAAAAUGGAAAAUCAGCUUGACAUGAACCUAUUUAGAAACUGGAUCUUGCAGCAGAAAAUAAAGUUUGCUACUGAACUUGGAAAAUAAGUAAACUUUAUUUUAUCACUAUAAUUUCUGUCUUAAAGAUAGAAUACAUGUUCAAUUCCUGUGGUUUUGACUUUCAUAAGACUACAUGUAUAUUGUAAUAUGUUAUUGCUUAAGGUUAAGUAGUUGCCCUCGACAUGAUAAUUUAUACCAUUAAAACACAAAUUCAUCAAGUAACAAGAAUGUGAUGAUAGUACACAGGUGCAAACCAUGGUCCACUUUGACAGUCUUUAUUUUUUAAGAAGCUAUGGUUUUGUCCAUACAGGGUUAAACUUGAAAGCACUGUUCAAGCAGGGUGCAAUAACAGCAUACACAGUGUCUAAAAAUGCCUUUUAGUAGUUGCGACCCAGUAUAUUUAGUUUUGGGGAUUUCUGAUUAAACUGCAAAGUAUAAUAUAAGAUAUGAUAUCAAUAAAUUUUUUCAUGGACUUUUCUUAAUAACUGAAACAGGAAAAAAUGAGAAGCACACUAUAUAUUUAAUCCUUUAAACAGUGUUUGUGUUUAAAGAGAAAAUUUUAAAAAACACAACUGAAUAUAUUAAUGAUAUAUCACCAAACACCCAAACAACAUACAUACUUAUCAACCAGCAUAAUUUAAAAUAAAAUCCCCCAUUCUCCCCCACACUCUGAUUUGCAGCAGGUCAAGUUUACGAGCAUAUUCCAUCUACGCCAGGGACUUACAACCUUACGACUUUUCAAGGUGCGCCAGAGGGUUGCAUCCUGUUCUGCAUAUCAUGUUCUGCUAUAAUUUAAUACACAUAUUUGAUAAAGCCAAAAUGAAAAUUUAAAAACAGAAUUCCUAAGUUAGUAUGUAUGUGAUUUGGGAAGGCAUAAUUUUAUUAUCUAUCAUAAAAAAGGGUAGAGGUAGAUUUGAAAAAAGCCAACAAUAUCACUGAAUACUGAAGUUCUUAGAGUUCAAUAUACACUGCUGCAAAAUAUAGCUAUUUCUUUUCAUUUUCCACAAUAGCUUUUACAAUAAGAGAAAUGUUAAGUGAAACUUCUUCAGCAAUGAAAGGAAAAUCUGAUUUAAUGACAUCAGUGUUGUCAUAAAUAUUGUAAUUCUUUGCUAUUUUGGCAGCUAACAAAGAAUCAAGUCCUGUAUAUAAACUUGCUGACGGCAUUUCCACUGAAGUGUUUUCAGCUUCAAAAUAUUCACAAAGUAACUGAUUUAUUUCUGUGACAGUUUUCCUUUUAACUGUUACUUUUUUGGUUUCACAUACUGAAUGUUCCUCUAUGUUCUCUGUAAGUUGAGCAAAACAACUAUCACAUGUACAUUUAAGUUCACAUAUGUCACAACAAUCAUGUUUCUCUUUAUCAAAACAAUUGUUGAAUCCGAAGUGAGUGCAAAUGUAGUCUCUUCGGCAUUCUUUACUUUGGCAAUAGUUUCUCAUGCCAUCAGUCAUACCCUUAGCAGCUGAAGAAAUGUCCAUUUUGUUAAAGAACAAUUUGGCAAUUGCUGGGUUUCCAUCACGACCUGCUCUUCCAAUUUCCUGUAUGUAUGCUGCAAUGAAAAUAUGGAGAUGUGUUUUUGCUGUAAAAUUCCCAAUUGUGUGUAUAUUAUAUGCAUAUACAUUUAGUAUUAAUUAUUCAUGCCACACAAAAUCAAUAAUCAGUUUUAUCUUACCUCCUACACAUUUCUAGGAAUAUGAUUGAGUAAAAGUGUCUGUAGACUGUGUAUUUCAUAUUAGGUUAGUAGGGAGACAGGGCUUAUUUCAUAAACAGUUAGUAGUGGUGUUAAGUCCCUUUAUAUUCCUUAUUUAAAUAUUAGAUAUUAUAUGAAGUAUAAGAAGGGAGGCUGGGCUUAUUUCAUACACAGAUAGUAGUGGUGUUGUGUCCCUUUAUAAAAAAAACAGUACUGAGAAAAAAUCUUACCGGUUUCAACUGACAAAGUUGAUAAUUAAGAUGUAAAUAAAUUCAUAUAACACAUUUAAACCUAAUAAUUGCAAGUUGUUACUGUUGGUAUCUGUUUUUGUAGGAUCAAUGGAAGUAGUUUGUUAAUGCUAACCUGAUGCUAACAGUAUUGAGGACUUGCUCAUUUUGAUAGGUCUCUUGUCUUAAAUUCACAUGUUAAGAUAGUGGGUAAGAUAAACUUGAGAAUUUUUGUAGGAUUGUAAGAAAGAUUUACUUAUUUGAUUAAAUUUUAAAGAAAAUUAAGGGGAGAUUACUCAAAUAUUAUUUUUUACUUAAUAUAUGUGUAUAUUUUUUACUUUUUCAAAAAAAAUUAAAAGUAUUUGUACAAGAAGUAUCCCUUACUGACAGAAUGUCACAAACUUAAUAUUUAGAAAGUUUACACAGCAAUGAAUAUUUGAUUUGUGUAAUUAUAUUAUCUCUGGUCCCAUUCUUUUCUAAGCUGUAUCGUGGCUUUCUGACAAGAAAUAUUAAAAUUUAUAUAAGAAAUAUGAUUUGAACAUUUAAAAAAUUAGUGCAUCAAUAUCAUUCUUAAAUGAAUAUAACAAGAUGUUUAAACUCAAACAAACCUUAAAAACAAGUGAAGUAUAAGUAAAAGUUAUCUAUUUUAAACUUAAUUAGGGCCAUGUAAAAACAAUUAUCUUUCCACUCAUGAACAGUCCAAGGGAGGUAAGGACUAUUAUUAUUAAAGACCUCAGCUUACACAUUUUACCCGUAUCUUUUUGUUUUCUGUGACAAGUUCUUUGAAUAUUUAUACAUGUAUUAACUCAAUCAAACACUGCAAUAUUCUUUUGAAGAAGAUUGGUUUUGAUAUGUACAAUACAGGGUACAUGUCAAUGUAUUUAUGUAUUGCAUUAUGUGUAUUGACUGUUACAAUGUAUUAUUCAACCAUAAUUACUGUAAUAAUAUUGGCAUUCAUGAAUAAUUGUACCUGUGUCAGUCAAAAUAUGAGAUUUAAUUUACUGUUAUAAAGCCACAAUUUUUUUUUAUUUAAAAAAAGCAUGUGAUGCAUUAUUAUCUCAUUGAUAUGAUAAAAGUAUUAAGUCAUGUAGUAUCUGUUAUGUUAACAGUUUGAUAUAGAUAUUGACACUGUUCUUCAAGAAACUGAGGAACAUGCACAAAGGUGUUUAUCUGAUUAAGGUCAAGGAAUUCAAAUAGUAGUAAAUGGGCUAUGUUUGUCAACGAUUUUGCAAGAAUUCAACCAGUUACAUUUCAAAUGAUACAAUGCAAAUGAGAUAAAUUAUGCAUUAUUUUUUUCGAUUUUCAGUUGAAGCUCUAAGAGCCAGAGUUGUAUGCAAAAUUUUACAAUAAUCUGUGACAUACACCAUUUACUACAACUUUAACUGAAGAAAUAGGUUUAUCCAUGUACAUGUACCAGUAUACAUGAUAUAUAAAAAUAGUUAGUCAGGUGUUUUUGAUUCCUCAUUGUUAAAUAAUAUAUACAUGUACGUCAUAGACGAGAAUUGCUGUUAUUUGAUAUUUCAUUGAAUUUCAAAUUUUUAUGUAAAAGUGAUUUAUAGUAGGAAAUACCUGUAUAACAUUUUUACAUGUUGUUAAACAUGUACUGUUAUCAUGCAUUUGUCAUGGCUAUGUUAUUAAUGUUUUUUGUUAAAAAAUUACAAUAAACUAUAUUUUCAACUGUU